GAGACCUCUGAUGCUAUUUAUAGUGAAUGUGUUUUUCAAUGUUUGGUUGCAUUGAAUGAGUGAAUGAGUGCUUCAAUGUGUGAGAGUCUGUGAAACGACCGGUAAGUGAAUGAAUGGAUUGCCACUGAUUUUCAUGUCAUUGCCGUCACUAUUGACUACAUUUCACGUAUAUUUACAUCACUUUAUCACACAUUGAAGUCAUGUUUCGGUCGGCGCUUAAACUCAACACUAUUUCGAAACUGUCGAAACAGAAUCGGAAUCAAUGUCUUCGGUAUUACACCACAGAUGGAGAUAAAAGCAGUGCAGCAAAAGUGGGUCUAAUUGUGGGCUCAUCUGUGGUGGGAGUGACGGCACUGACGAUAGGUUACGCCAAAUAUGAUCCCGAGUUUCGGCGAAAAGUGCAAAACUCUGUCCCUUUUUCUGACCAUUUGUUUAACGCAUUGUUGGGACCAUUGAUUCACAAAGAGUUGAGUAUUUCGUCCACUAAUGACUCGAAGACGAAAGACAAGAUUGAAAUCAGUUUUUUGGAUAAAAAGCGAAAUAGAAAUACAAUUCAAGCGAAUGAAAAGGAGUCCACAAUUAAUAAGAGUGUGAAUAGCAGUCAAAAUGUUGAUAAAAGUGGAGACAAACCGCACGAUUCGGGCAAAACAACGGAUACUAAAGAUUCAAAAACUGAUAAUCAGAAAGAAGACAAAAAAUCGGAAACAUUGUUCAAUACUGGAAACAAAGAGGAAAAGUCUGACAAAACCUCUGAAUUACCCGAUUCUUCCGUUUCACAGUUGGAUACGAUUAUUGCAAAUGAAGUUAUGAAGGAUUUGUUGACUCUUUUACCAACAGAUGACCAAAAACUCAGGAAAGAUAUUGAACUCGAAUAUCAACGAAAGAUUAAUAAACUCGAAGAGAAGUUUGAAUUAGAGUUGAAAACCCAAUUAAAACGACAAUUGACUGCUUUUAACGAGCAUUUAGACGAACAGAUGUCUCAAUUGAGGCAUCAAUUGAAACGAAAUUAUGACAAUAAAGUCGAAGAAAAUGUUUUAGAAGAACGAAAUCGACUUCAAUCGGAACUUUCCAACGGUUUCUAUAGAUUAAAAUUCUUAGAAGAACUUCUCAAAGCAAGAGAACAGUUAGAUAAAGACCAGCACUCGGUUCGUGAGCUCUGGGUCUUAGGGCAGGCUUUGAAGGAAGCGCUGAGCCAUAAGCCAACGAUGAGUGCAGAGACUUUGCCGAUAUCCUUAAGCCAAGAGAUGAGUGCCAUUGAAUCGAUUGUGAAUAAAGAGACACUAAAAGACAGGCCAUUAAUUCGUUGUGCACUCGAGAGCAUACCUAAAGAGGUCAUUACAACUGGUGUUUACAGUGAAGAGGAUUUGGCUAAAAGAUUUCAAAAAGUGGAUAAAUAUUGCAAACGAGUGGCUCUUAUUGGGGACGAAGGCGGAAGUCUUUACCUCUAUUUGUUAUCUUACGUUCAAUCGCUUCUAGUCUUCAGAGACUCGAGAAUACCGACCGAAGAACUGGAAGACAAAGAAGUUGAUCCAUCGAAUUGGGAUACUUUCGAUAUACUAACUCGUGUGAAACAUUGUCUGAAAAACCAUAACUUAGAAAUGGCCCUCAAAUAUGCAAAUCAAUUGAAAGGUGAGCCGAGAAAUGUGGCCAAAGACUGGAUUCGUGACACACGAACCCAUCUGGAGAUCAAACAAGCCAUCGAUCUCUUGAUCACUGAAGCCGACGCUAUUAACGUUCAGAUAAUUAAUUGAACUGUAAUUACAGUUUUAGAAAUUUUAAAU